AUGAACGGCGAGAUCAAAGACUUGAACACUAUGGCUAAAGCCAUUGAACUAAUCACGAAGAAGGUCGACAAAAUCGCCGCAGUGCAUACCGUGGAGACCGCCUUGGACAACGUAACCCCAACAAAGUCCAACAGCGAGAUCGAUAAGAAGGUCGACAGACGCACAACUAAGCUCAAACCGUCACGAAGAUGA